AUGCGCAAACAAUUUUUGGUAGGGUCCGGGAUGGUCGCCAAUUCAACAACACCAAUUAAUCACAAAAUGGCUGCCAGGGAACCAUCUAGGUUUCUUUCAAGGGCACUGCCCAGGGCCUCAGUACCCUCAAUUCGCCCCCAGGGCUUUUUAUCGCGCCGCAAUGUCUCCGAUGAGGCCCCGUCGCGGCGUCUGUCGGACCACCUGAGCGAGCUGGAAUCGGGGUCGUCUCUGUCGACACCUGUGCCUGAAGGUGCAGCACAGUCAUUCGAUCCCGUCGCACGAGCAAAGGCUCGCAAGACUCAGCUCCCCCGUGGUCGUUACCAAUUCCGCUCUCCCAAGUACGACCGGGGUCCCCUUCACCCUCACCAACCGCCACCUGCCUCCGAUCCCUCCUCCCGUCUGUUCGUCCCAGGCCCCUUCUCCGCUCCCCGAGCCGAGCAGACCUACGACUCAACCGUCGCCUCGGACAUCAUGAGUCUGUGCUACGUUCACACACCACCCGGCUUCAAGCCUCCCCCGAAAGCGCCUCGUCUCCGCGAAUGGGACGACAGCUCCCCCUACCACAAGAACCGUGUGCUCCGCGGACCCCGUGGCGGCGAUGUCCUGCGCCUCCUCCGCAAGCCCAUCAAGUUCAACAAUAUCCCCGAAAUCGAGCGCAUCACAAUCCACAGCUACGUUAAUAAGGCCGCCACCGAGAACUCGUCCUGGCUGCACGUGGCCGGUAUCGCUGUCCAGGCCAUCUCCAAUGUCCGUGUUGAGACUUUCAAGUCCAAGACUAGCGUUGCUAACUGGGGCAUUGUGCCCGGCCGUGAUUCUGUUGCCGUCAAGGCUGAGCUUUACGGCGAGAACAUGUACCACUUCCUGGGUAAGCUUGUUGAUGUUGUCUUGCCCCGUAUCAAGGACUGGGAAGGUGUCAAAGGUACCAGCGGAGACAGCAGUGGAAACAUCACCUUCGGUAUGGAACCGGAGAAUGUUGCCCUGUUCCCCGAGAUCGAGGUCAACUAUGAUAUGUACCCUCCCAAGAUGAUCCCCGGUUGCCACAUCACUCUCCACACUAGUGCCAGAACCGACAAGGAUGCCCGUCUCCUCCUAAGCGCCAUGGGUAUUCCCUUCUACGGAAAGAUCGUUAACUAAAGUGGUUC